GAUAUUCAGUACAAUCCCCAAUAUCAACAACUAGCACCACCACCACCUCCUUUGCCACAAGCUCCACCUCUUCCUCCUCCGGUGCCACAAGCUCCCCCUCCCCCACCACCAGACACUCCUCCUCCACCUCCACCACCGCUAUCGCCACAAGUAGUUGUCCAGCCAUCAAAUCAGUAUGCGGAACCUAUUCCAGUAAUCCCAGUAGAUGCAACCACGAGAGCCACUACCUUGCCCAGUGAGAGCUACGUCGAAGCAGAACCACCUGAGGGAUCCCAGAACGAGGCACCUGACACAAACUUCAAUUUCUACGAGAAUCAGCCAAACAACGGCUACCGACAACCCGUACGUCGAGCUCUGGCGUCGGCAACUGGAUCGAAACCUGAGGUGUUCACGGACAAAUGCAAUGAUGAGCGAUUAAAGAAAAUUAUAGAAGAGGCAACAGGUAGAAAGAAGUGUUAA